CGCUCGCUCUCUCACUGGCUGGGUGGACAGAGCUGUGGCGCAGGAGGAGAGGAGCACAGAGAGGACACGCUGCCCGAUCAGAGAGAGGGGACCAGAGGAACAGUCUGUCUGCAUGGGAGGAAGAGAAUACAGAAAAUAACAGGAAAGUGAAAGAGAGAGAGAGAGAGAGAGAGAGAAUGCACACAUCUACUUCAUGGGAGGAGGAGCCUGGUUGGGGGUGGAGCUGAGAAGGAUUGACUGACAUCGGCACAAGAGGAGGAGGAGCGUGAGGGCAAGUUAAUGAAUUUGAUUUGGAGAGAAGUAUUUUUAGAAAAGGAAGAAAACAAGAGGAGCGUUACGAUUGGAAAUGCCACAGUUCUGAGGGAGAGAAACAGAGAGUGAAAAAAAACUGGAGCGAGAGAAUGAGGGAGAGAGAGAUACCAGGAUCUGAGCGUGACUGAACAGAUUUUCCAUCGACUCUGGUCAGGUUUCCCACAGGGAAACGCAGUGUGUGUGCAUGUGCUCCUCUCUCAGUGUGAAUGAGUGUUUGCGUGCAUCUGGGACUAAGAAGCGUCUGCUCCUCGCACUAGACGGGCUGGCCGUACAUUAUCACCCGCAGGACACAACACCCGCUCCUCCAGUCAAGAGAGGAGGAGAAGAGAAAGGAGAACGGAGGGGGGAAUAGGGAGGGAGUGACAGAUGGGAAGAGGGAAGGCUGGAAAUCAAGAAGAUAAAAGUGAGCUCACAAAAAAAGCUGGAGAAUAAAUUAGCGAGGUAGACUCACAAAGGCAAUUAGUGAUGUGCGGCUGCUCGUUUUAGCAGUGUCAUGUAAACAAGUCCAGCCUCUGGCCGUGGUGGUGGUGGAGGGUUAGCAGGUUGAACGAGGCUGAGCAUCACUGAUCGAAGUGGAGCGACGGCAAAGUCCCAAAGACAGCAGCCUCGGUCGGCAGAGAGAGGAGCGCCGACAGAGCAGAGGGAACCGGCGGGACGAGCCUUUCUUUGACAGACGGCACCAGAUAGAACCACAACAGACUCACUGCUCUCUUCUUUAACCUUCCGUUCUUUCAUUUUGUCUGUGCUUCUCAGCUCAUCUUGCCUCUCUCUCUCUCUCUCUCUGUCUCUUCCUCUCUCGCUCUGUGCUACACUAACUGGUGCGGAUGCUGGAGUGGCUCAUGUAGAAGCUGCAUCGCUUGGUGCAUAUUUGCAUGGCUGAAUGUAUUUUUUACUGCUGAGUUGGGUGAGUGGAGUACUUUCAGGUCAAGGGAACCAGAUGGACUGAGUGGGAGAAGCCCAACAAGUAGCUAAAGAGUAAAACAGGACACCAACUACAACAAACAGAAGACACUGUGACAGAGAGAGAGCGUUAGUAUGUGUGUGUGUGAGUGAGGUUGUGUGUGAGGAGCUUGUACGGAUUGUGUGUAACAGCAGAGCUAGAUAAGCACAAAUCCAGGUGUGGAUUACAUCGGUGGGGAUAUCGGUGCCCUGGAGCUCCAUGUGGGGCCCAGCCCCUGAGGCCUGGCUGGGAGAUGAAGCCUUUCUCUCUGUACUAGGAGCGGUGUGGGCAGCCAUGGCUCUGGAGGGGCGAUGUCUCCAGCGGGGAUCCCCAGCCGUGGUGAGGAGAGGCCGCCGGCGCCUCCCUGCAAGGCCAGGCCUGUCCUCAAUCACCUCCACCCUGCUGGCUGGGACAAGUCUGCAUGGCCUCAGGCAUGUUUGUGUGUCCGGUGGCUCCAUAGGCCGUCGGGCCUUCUGGCUGCUGGCCCUGUGCACCUCAUUGGGCCUGCUCCUGUCCUGGUCCUCCAACCGCCUGCUCCACUGGCUCUCCUUCCCCACCUACACACGGAUCCACACAGAGUGGGCCAAGGAGAUGGCCUUCCCCACAGUCACUAUCUGCAACAACAACCCAAUCCGCCUCUACAAGCUCACCAAAAGUGACCUGUACUUUGCUGGGCACUGGCUGGGCCUACUGCUGGCCAACCGGACGGUGAGACCCAUGGUGCUGGAUUUGCUGCAGGAGGACAGCCAGGCCUGGUUCAGCAAACUGUCUGACUUCAGGCUGUUCCUGCCCCCCAGAAACUUUGAGGGCAGCAACCUGGAGUUUAUGGACCGGCUGAGCCACCAGCUAGAGGAAAUGCUUCUCUCCUGCAAGUACCGAGGAGAACCGUGCGGUCCCCAGAACUUCACCUCUGUGUUCACCAGGUAUGGGAAGUGUUACAUGUUCAACGCAGCGGAGGAGGGGAAGACGCUGCGGACCACCAUGAAGGGAGGGACGGGGAACGGCCUGGAGAUUAUGCUGGACAUCCAGCAGGACGAGUACCUACCCUUGUGGGGCGACACAGAGGAGACAGCGUUCGAGGCGGGUGUGCGGGUGCAGAUCCACAGCCAGGCAGAGCCCCCAUUCGUCCACGAGCUGGGCUUUGGCGUUGCCCCAGGCUUUCAGACCUUUGUUGCCACUCAGGAGCAGAGGCUGACCUACCUGCCUCCUCCGUGGGGAGAGUGUGAGUCCAAGGCCCUAGACUCUGGCUUCUUCCAGGUCUAUAGUGUGACAGCUUGCAGGAUCGACUGUGAGACACGCUACAUUGUGGAAAACUGUAAUUGCAGGAUGGUGCACAUGCCCGGUGAUUCUCCAUUCUGUACCCCUGAACAGUACAAAGACUGUGCAGAGCCUGCCCUUGCCAAGUUGUCAAUGCUGGAGAGUAGUAACUGCAUCUGUAGGACACCAUGCAACAUGACACGCUACAACAAGGAGCUGUCCAUGGUCAAGAUCCCCAGUAAGACCUCAGCACGCUACCUGGAAAAGAAGUUCAACCGCUCUGAGAAAUACAUCACGGAUAACAUCCUAGUCCUGGAUGUGUUCUUUGAGGCCUUGAACUAUGAGACCAUUGAGCAGAAGAAAGCCUACGAAGUGGCAGGCUUACUGGGUGAUAUAGGUGGUCAGAUGGGUCUGUUCAUCGGGGCCAGUAUCCUUACCAUCCUGGAGCUAUUUGACUACGCCUAUGAGGUGGUGAAGGACAAGUUGCUGGACCUACUGAGCCGAGACGACGAGGAGGAGAGCCACGGAGAGGACGUGAGUUCCUGUGACCCGGUGGGGAACCACUCGGAGGCCAUCAGCCACACGGUGAGCGUCCCCCUACAGACCACCCUGGGCACGCUGGAGGAGAUCGCCUGCUGAGCCCCCAGCCCAGCUCCACACACACACCAGGCAAGGCCACUGUGAGCCACCACCUCACGGGGAGCCAGUGAGCAGCAGCCUCUUCCACAGGCUACCAGGACAGAAUGAUAGCGACUUUGGUGGGGAGGAUGGGUGGCUGGUCAGAGGAAAGGGUGGCUGGGUUGGGCUAGACUGGGCUGGACUGGGCCUCCCCUCCACACUGUCACUGUAGCACUAAUGGGGAUUAAGGAGCUGUCACCUGGACUUACUGGUGCUCUCUGUUACUGAACUGUUACUGUACUGCUGGAGGAGGACAGCCACCUCCCCUCCCCCUCACAUGCUCAUCUACCUGACUCAUAGGUCUUCUCCAGUUCACAGACAGACAGACUGCACUGUAAACCUAACGGGAAGGGGCUCAUCUCUGUCCUAGACAUGUGUAUUCACUAGUCACUCAUCGGUCAGUACUGCCAGACAUUGUACCAUAACAGUUGCUGUGAACUGUCCAAGUUGCAUGCGCUGCUUCCUCUCAGAGACGGUUUCUCUCUUUGGUGAUGCUGAUUGGCUGAUGCUGGACUGCAGUGUUGCUUUACUGUACAUUUUCCCUGUCUCUCUCUCUCUCUCUCUCUUUCUGUCAUUCUCUCUCCGGGGCCUAUGGGAUGAGGCCAGCUAUAGAAAUAGAAUGUAUAGAUUGAUCAUGGUUCACUGUAACAUAUUUCAUAUGACACAUCCAUCUAAGGCAGUUCCAUUUUGUUGAUGCACUGUUUUCUUAGGCGGCAAGUUGUAUAUCUACGGGAAUGGCUGUUGGGUCUGUAUUUGCAUUCUUAUUGGGAAAACAUGAGUAUUCUAAAGACUCAAUUCCAAAAUGACUGUUUUGCAUUCGGUUAUUUAUUUUGUUGUUUAAUGCAUCCGUUCUAUUGAUUCCACUCCUAUCAAUUUACCACAAGGUGAGUACCCCGAGGGAAGGCAAGGUACUGAGCUGCUUCUCAACAACAUAUUAAACAGGUGCCAUAUUCCUAUGUGUAAACUCAUGUAAAUGAUUAAACGCUUGCCUCUUGGCGGCAGCGCCUCAGUGGGGUAAAAGCACUCAUUGAUGACUGAGGCUGAGCCAAAACCAGAGAGGUGGAGUAUGACAUUGUUUACCUGGCAGAAUACAAGCAGAGUACAAAUGUCGCUCAUAAAUGAACAUGCUGAGGGGGUUUAGUUUCAUUUCAUCUGCAUGAUGUGGGUGUGUUGUCUGGUGAGAACUGACGGACUCCCAACUCAUCAUAUUUUACAUAAUGGACUUGGCCCUUACAUAGAGAUAUCCCAGCUAGAAAUUGAAUUGAAUUGAAAAUGGAAUUUCCAUGAAAAUCACUGUUCUAUUAAUGGAAAUAAUGUUUGGACGAUAAUAAUUGCACUGAUGUAGAUUCAGAUGAGGGGAAAUGAUCUUCUGAUUCAUUUGAGGAUACAGGGUGUGUUGUAUUAUUGUGUUAAUAUUGGUGUUGUAGUACGAAAAACUAAAAUGGGUACAAGACAGUGUUCUGUCCUGUCUACAGUGGACAUGUUAUUGAAGGUCUUACAUGAACCAACUUAUGACUGGUUGACAUUUUGAUUUGAAGCAAAUACAAAUUUGCUAACAGAGCAGGAUAAUACUAACACAACGGAUUCAAAUAAUCAAGCCCAACAUGUUAAACCUGUCGUUUGCAGAAACGGGAGCCUGCAGAGUUUGCCAGGACUAUUGUCCAUCUCUGACUGAAAGAGACAAUCUUUCUCAAAUUGGAAGUGAUUGGAAUAUUUUUUUAAUAGACGAUAGCCCCAACCAAACACAUUUAAUAACCAGUUAAAAUGAAACUCACCAAACCAUGGGUGGUGUGAAAACCACAGGAGGUGUUUUUCUGUUCUCAAAAAAAGUGACAAAGGACUUUCCAAAGCCCUGACAUGAAACGCUGACUGGUCUGAGUCCAUCUCAGAAAGGAUUUGGUUUGCACUUUGUUUCGUUAACACCCUCCCAUCUAGUGCCAUCACACUAAAAAGGGCCAUAUUGCAUCACUAUGAUAUGACGAGUACAUCCAUCCAGAGUAGCAUAUCAACUAGCCAUGGUUAUCCAGACAGGCGGGAGGUAGCCUAGCAGUUAGCGUGUUGGGCCAUUAACCGAAAGGUCGCUGGUUUGAAUACCCAAGCCCAUAAGGUGAAGAAUCUGUCGAUGUGCCCUUGAGUCAGGCAGCUAAACCUCAUUUGCUCCAGGGGCGCCGUACUACUAUGACUGACCCUGUAAAACAACACAUUUGACUGCAUCUAUCCGGUGUAUGUGACAAAACUUCUACUAUGUCAUCGUUAUAAUGUACAGUACAGGUGGGAAUGAACUCCAAGUGCUUUGUGAACUAUGAUUUCCUGUCUGUUGUUGACCUGCUGUGUGUAAUCUAAUCUCUCAUGUAUGGCUUAUCAUGUCUCCUUUAUCAGUGACCUCAGCCAUCUCCAGGGGCGGACUUGCCAUCUGGCAUUUGCCCGAAAUGCCAGAUGGGCUGGUUCAUUUUUAGCCUAGUGGGCCUGUCUAACGGAAAAAAAAUAUUUUGCUAAAUUAUCAUUAUCUGACCUUGAGGAAAAAUAUGGACCGGUGUGAGGACCUCAAGGAAAAAGAUGGGCCGGUAUAUUGCAAAUGCAAAAGCCAAUUUCUGGUCCCAGUCCUCCCCUGCUUCUCACCUACUGUAUAGAUCUGUCCAUGGAGAGAGGUGAACUACUAUGGGACACAUACUGAGUCUCAGUGAAAAUGCCACUGGUUGUUUCUUCUCUUUUGUUUUCUAUUGUUAUUGCAGGACUGCUUUUUAAUUUUGUGAUGCAGCGUACAGUAUGUGUUUUUAAUGUGAAACGAUUAAAAAAAAUGUUUUUGCUGCGGG